UCAUAGAUACGGCCCCGUACAUUUAACAGCUGCAGAAACUUUGAGUGUACAAAUUGCUUGCUUUUCUUGCCUCUUGUUGACCUUAGUUCCGUGCAUUUACUUCGGUCAGCGCCUUGAGACUCCACCAGACUUUCUUCGUUCCGGCGGCCAAUAUGAAUUCUUCGGUCCCCCCCGCGACGGCGGAAUAUGGAGGAGACGAGGUAUCCGCCAUUAUUCUCGACCCAGGCUAUUCCUCCAUUCGCGCCGGAUUUGCUGGUGAAGACACGCCUAAAUCUGUGACCCCGACAUACUACGCGAAAUAUUCUACGGAUGGACAAGACAAGCACAUAUACGGGGAUAGCAUCUAUGUCUCGCCGCGACCGGGCCUGUCUAUUCACAAUCCGAUGGGGAGUGAUGGAAUUGUGGAAGAUUGGGAUAUGGCGGAGAAAUUGUGGGAAUAUUCAUUUUCUUCGCGGCUGACGGGCACGAAACCUGGCAAUCCCAUGCUCAAUGGGUUAAAUGACACAUCAGAAUUGCCAACUGAGAUGGAGAUUGUGGAGUCACAAGAGAAGCCUUUAUCAGAUUCGCCAUUGCUCAUGACUGAAUGUGGAUGGAAUCCCACCAAAGCUCGGGAGAAGACGAUUGAAAUAGCGAUGGAGAAUUGGGGCACACCAGCCUUUUAUCUUGCUAGGACGGGACCGCUGGCUGCUUUUGCCGCCGGCAAGGCGUCCGCUUUAGUUAUUGACGUUGGCGCGUCCACGGUCUCAGUCACUCCAGUACACGACGGACUGAUUUUAAAACGUGGCGUCCAACAUUCCCAUCUUGCCGGGGACUAUAUCUCCUCCCAAGUUCGCGCACUCUUUAAACAAAACACUCCUCAACCCAUCACAAUUACACCCCACUACCUCAUCUCUUCCAAGACAGCAGUAGAUGCUGGCCAGCCGGCGCAAGCAACGUACCGCACAAUUCCCGAUGAUCAGGCUCCCGACGCUUCGUUCCGUCGACUUCUGGAAAACCGGACCAUCUCCGAGUUUAAGGAAUGUGUGGUCCAAGUCUGGCCAGGCCCUCAGGGUUUAUUAAAUGUCAACCCCAACGGAGUGUCCAACGAAGAUCUAGCGAAAAACAGCCCAGGCCGCCCCUUCGAAUUCCCAGACGGCUACAACCAACUCUUCGGCACAGACCGAUACCGCGUCGCUGAAUCAUUAUUCGAUGCCAAAGCCGCAAUUCCAGAUCCUGAUUCUGAGUUCCCCGCGCCCACUGCUGCACAGACAAUACCCGAGCUUGUUCGCAGCGCCCUCAAUCAGGUUGACAUCGACAUACGGCCACAUUUGCUCGGUAACGUGGUGAUUACGGGCGCGACCAGUCUCCUGUACGGAUUCAAUGAUCGGAUAAACUCAGAAUUGACGGCCAUGUUCCCAAGUCCUCGAGUGCGCUUGUUUGCGCCAGGCAAUACGGUGGAGAGGAAGUUUGGCUCGUGGAUUGGCGGAAGCAUCGUGGCUAGUCUUGGCACCUUCCACCAGAUGUGGAUUUCGAAGAAAGAGUAUGAGGAGCAUGGGGCGAAUAUUGUGGAAAAGAGAUGCAAGUGAUGUCGGUGAUAUUUAUAAUACUCUGGGCUCCCCUCGUUUGACCAUUAUUGAUAUGAAACGGUGGGCGAAAUAGCUUCUUUUUUGGUUUGCUUCCUUCGGAGGAUGGAUGAUUCAACUAUGUAGUUUGGGAUGCGAUGAAAAAUUGCGAACGGCGUAUGGAUAAAGGUUAACUCCUGCAGACCCCUGCUAUACUAUGUAAGAGAAAUGGGCACGGAAGUCACAUCACUUUGGAAGUUUCGUGCUAGGUUCCAUAAGUAUUAUAUGCUCUAUCGUAAUGGGAUACAAAGCAACGAGAUCACCAUGAACCGAUAUUAAUUGCGAACGUCAGAAUAGCUCUCCAGCUCUAUUUAUUCCCGGUCUCCUUCGUAUCCAACCUCAACCUCAUGCGUGGCCACCGUAGCAUAGCCAGUCCCAUUAGUGCCCAUAUCUUUCACUCCCUCUAAAGCUUCAGCAAGCUCCUUGGCAUCACGCUUCCCCCGGUCGACGUCAACGAGUAGCAUCAACGGCAGCGGAAGUAAGAUAAGCAGCGCAAGGAACCCGAAAGCGGGCCUGAUCUCCCCGUACCGAUCUGUAAUAGCACCCACAAUGGCCGGACCAAACAUGCUGGACCCCUUGUCGGUGAUCGCAUAGAGAGCGUAAAAGGAUGCUUCAAACCCGGGUGGGAUCAAUUCGCCGAAGAAGCUUCGACAGUAUGAUGACAGACCGCCAAGCACAAGGCCGUAGAUUGCUCCGAGAACAUACAUUUCCCAUGGCUGCUGGAGGCCAAUAACCCCAAGCCUCUUGAUAAAUGGGAGGAAGCCAAGGAGGCCGUAGAGGGGGAUAACUUCGAAAAGACAGAUGCAUGCUACGAUGGUACGCGACGGCCGAAGGUUAAAAUGGUGUGAGAUAUAACUCCAAGAGAACGCACCGAGAACGCCUGAUAUCAUGGCGAUGACGUUUAUGAGACCAAGGGCAGCAAUGUUCAUGCCAAGUUGUGUUUUUGCGAAAAGCACGGCCGUACCACUUACCGUAGCGAUGCCAUCGGAUAGCAAAAACCAAGCCGCUAAAAACAGGAGCACAUCUUUAAGUUGACGAGCUCGUACGAUCGUUCGGCCAAGAGACACCCAUGCAAACACGAUAUAACUAACCCACGCCCACCUGCCUUUCCCAUAUGCCGAAUCUGGAACCGGAGGACCGGGCCUAGGACGGAGCCAUAGAGCAGCGGGAAUCGUGAAAACCAACCACCAUAAGCCGAUGAUAAAGAGUACAAGGCGGAGAGAGAAAGUAGUUGAAUGGGUCGCAACGACGAGAAGGAUGCACCCAAUUUGAACCAAAACCGCAGCAAUAUAACCGAUCCCAAUACCAUUCGAGGAUAGUUUCGUAGAUAGUCGCAACUCGGCUGAUACAAGUGCCGAGUCAUUCGAGCUGACAUCCAGGCGUUCAGGUUCGUCCACCGGAGAAAUUGUGUUGCUCCCGCUGGGGUUCUGAGUGUAAUACGUUUGUUCAUCUGAAGCAGCGGCAUAGCGAGUUGCCUGUAUUGACGGAUCAUUGCGUACAAGGACGGGCAGAAACGAAUUUAAAAGCACGAACGAAGCACCAAAGCCUGUGUUGGCAAUGAUCGCG